GGAAAAGGAACAAAACCGAAUUAAAUCUGAAACUAGGGUUUCGUUGGAUUCAAUAUUUUGUGCAAAAUCAACGAAUUGUUUGAAGAUUGAACGAAGAAAUGAGGACUCCAUGUUGCCAUACAUUUGUGGCAUUCAUUCUCAAAUUCCUCAUUUUCUUCCAGACAUUUAUUGGAAUUUCGAUCAUUGUUUACUCUGCGUAUAUGUUGAAUCAGUGGGAGAAACACUUGCCGAUCCCUCCAGCUCCGCCUUCACCUUCACCAUCACCACCUUCACCAUCACCACCUUCACCAUCACCAUCACCAUUACCACCACCACCUCCUUCAGAUUUAGCUCCAGCUCCAUCGCCGGAUUCAUCUGAAUUUGUUUUCUCUGUUUUCAACACCGGUAUAGUUUCUGGUCAAGUGAUUCGUUUGAAUUUUGGAGCGGACACGAUCACCGGUAUUCAUGGCGGGAUAAAGCUAGACUCCAAUCCCAUUCCUGCCCCCUGGUUCAUAUACGCAUUUAUGGGAUUGGGUAUUGUACUGUGUUGUAUCUCUUGCAUAGGUCAUAUUGCAGCUGAAGCGAUCAAUGGGUGUUGCCUUUGUUUCUAUACCAUACUGAAAAGCGUAUUGAUCCUGCUUGAGGUGGCUUUAGUUGUAUUCAUUGCACUUGAUCAUCGUUGGGAAAAGGAUUUACCACAGGACCCAACAGGAGAAAUUGCUAGCAUGCGGGAAUUCAUUGAAGAUAAUAUUGAUCUUUGUAAAUGGGUUGGCAUUGCUAUAAUUGUAAUUCAGGCCGUAUGUCUACUUCUUGCUAUACUAUUGGGAAUGAUGGUAUCUUCACUGAGGAAGGAUGAUAUGGAGGAAGGUUUGGAUUCAAGAGGGAGAGCAUGGGAGCCCCUACUAAACCCGCAUCCAAACCAAGCAUCAGGAUCGACUGGUGGUGAUGGUAAAGCCUUUCAUUCGGACAUUUGGAGCUUGCGGAUGAGAGAAAAGUACGGAUUGAAUGGAAACCAAUCAAAUCCGAGUGCACCAGUUGACAGGAAAGUCUAAGCAUCAAAAGCGAAAAGCGUUUUUAUCGCUGGGAAGUCGGGUGAAAACCCGUGUAUGUGUUUAGCAGACAUGAAGCUUUCUCAAAUUUGUACUGCAAAAGCUGCAAUGCGAAACCAAUGUGUUGGAUAGAAGAAAGGCGAAUCUUGCUAAAAAAGGUAUUUCUGUAUCAUGUUUGUGUAUUUUGUUUGUAUAGAUAGAAACGCGAGCCGUGUGACCAUUUUCUAGCCCGCUAGGCAUAACCGUGUUGUAUAGAAACCUGUGUGCGUGCGCAUGAGUGUGUGUAUUGUACCACUGAAAUGCAAAACAUUUCCGGAUUAAUUGAUUGAGUUCAGAAA